AUGUUUCGAACAGUAGGCUCUUAUCGUGUGCUCGAGCAUGUCGCGGGUUUCCCUCUAAUUCUCGUGCUUGGGAAGGAUUACGUCCUGCGUUGUUUUCACAAUGUUUGCAGGCAUCGUGCCUAUCCCGUCAUUUCGUCAAACAAAGUCGGUUGCAGACCGAACUUGGGGUGCAAGUAUCACGGCUGGACGUAUGACCUCAGUGGUAAACUCAUCAAAGCGCCCAAGUUUGAGGACGCCGAGGGGUUUCGCAAAGACCAAAACUCGUUGUUUGAGGUGAAGACCGAAAUCGAUGAGGAUGGCAUUGUGACUGUGGAUCUAUCAUCCGAGUCCAAAGGAAGUCCUGUUCUCGACAUCAACAAAUUCAAAGACGGUCAGGUGGAGACCUGGGAUGUCAAAGGAGCAUUUAACUGGAAAGUGGCAGAAUGUGCGGAUGCUUUCAACUUCCCAACACUUACUCGCAACGACCGCGGUGUUCAGGUAAGACUAGGGUUGGCGAGGAAGUUAAAGCACGUUAAACCCUCGAUCUUGGCCGACUUUGUUGCUCUUCCUGGUCACAAUGCUCACCUUCUGAUGACAAUUCAACCCACGACGGCGGAUGCCUGCACUGUGCAUUGCACGCUUUUCGUUGCUUCAUCUAGCCAUGCCUCAUCACUCACCAUCAGCUCAGCCAAAUCCGACAUUGCUCAAUCCGUGUUAUCACUGGAGAAGCUAUAUGCUAGAGUUAGAGAAUCCGAUGCCAUGUGA